AUGUCUUCAAGAAGUAGUAUUACUAAACGCGGGACUCCUCGUCGCCGUAAAAUCGCGUUGGCUUGUGAAGCAUGCCGAGAGAAAAAAGUGCGUUGCGAUGGAGGGAAGCCGAUAUGCGGGCCCUGCGCUCGGCGAUCCUAUACGAUUGACAAGUGCGUGUACAAAAUCGAGAAUGCUCGUUCUGCGAGCAACGAUGCGUACCUCAGAAUUCUUCACGACCGGAUCCGAGAGCUAGAGGAAACAUGCGUUCAAAAUGGGGUUAUCAUUCCGCGAGAAUCAUCCCAGGGCGUUGAAGAGGACGACGGCAGGGAACCUAUUGAUUCUCAGGAGCCACAGCCAGCCCCAGAUGCUGUGGAUACAGAAUCAAGAACAUCUGCUGCAGUGGAAGGUCUACUAGGACUAGGCUCGACCGUGUCUCUGGAAAGACUCCGGCAACCUUCUCUGGCACCUAUCUCACCCCCAGCAGCUCCUCCACAGAGAACCCGGUCCUCCAUACGCUCCAUUCAACCAAACAGAAGGCAUUCCAAACAAGGAAAAGGCACUCAACUGGAAAAUUCGAGUUCGACGAAUGUCCACCCCUCCCCGUUGCUGAAUUCCCAUGGAAACGUCACUGCAAUGGGGGCAAUAUCCGCCGGGGAUGACGGCGAGUGCACUGAUUCUCCCAGAGAGCAAUAUUACGGGAACUCAUCAGUGGCUUCAUUUAUGCGCCUCGCCGGUGACUCGAUCCCCAUUCGUUCCUACCUGAAAGCUUUGAAGGGAGUGGAAGGGGAUACUUCAAGCACCUCUUACAGGGAUACGGGACUGUGGCGAGAUAUCAACUUUCCCACUAACGGUCUUCAAUUUGAUGAUUUUUCCCUACCUCCCCGGUCCUUGGCAGAUCAUCUUCUUGAAUGUUUCUGGAACCGCGUAUACUGUUUAUAUCCUUUCUUCCAUCGCCCGAGCUUUGAGCAGGCAUACGAAAACCUCUGGGGAUCUACCAAGUGGCCCAAACCCGAGUUGCCUGAACUUAAUAUCGGGAUUGGGGGAACGUUCGACUCUGGUCAUCAGUCCAUUGUCUUUCACUGUGCACUGAACGCUAUCUUCGGACUCGGCUGCCAUUUCUCUGACAUACCUGCUGCAGAACGGGAGGCAGCUGCAUACUCUUUCUUCCUUCGAGCCAAACGAUUCGUCGGUCUUGAUCUUCUGGAUACCGGUACAAUAGGCGCGGUCCAGACGCUUCUUAUUGUUUCACUACUUCUCCAGAGUACACCUUAUCCAAAUCGGUGCUGGAACGCCAUUGGUGUUGCUUGCCGGAUGGCCCUAGGAUUGGGUCUGCAUGAAACACCAACACAGUCAUCGAUAAAACCCCUUGAAAAAGAGAUCCGGCGCCGGACAUGGCAUGGAUGUGUUAUGAUGGAUUUGAUCGUGAGCAUGACUUAUGGUCGACCCAGUAUGACGUCUCACAUAUCUCCCGCACCACUUCCUGCGAUGUACCCUGAGUCCAAAUCAGACGACCCGUGCGAGCUUAGCGGGCAGCCUUGCGAUCAUCAACUUGGAUACAUGACGUUUUAUGUCUCUACGAUCGAGCUCUAUAAGAUUCUCGAGUCAAUUCUGUCGGACAUUUAUAAUGCCUGGCAGAGUCAUUCCAACAACCACCGCCCCAUCUCACUGAGAAAUUCCAGGCACAGCAGCCUGGAUGCUAUAAUGGAGCUUGAUGAUAAACUUUCUUCAUACGAAGCGAGCGUUCCUUCCAUCCUUAACUGGACAACCAGACACCCAUCAUACAAUUCUGGCGGCCAUCAAGGAUCGUUGUUCAAGCGCCAGCGGAACGUCCUUCGCGCGAGAUUCAUCCAUCUGCGUCUUCUUCUAUACCGACCUAUGUUCACACAGCUCUGCUCAGACGAACGAAUGGGCUUCGCACGACAGUCCGGCUCAGAUGCCAACAGAAGCAUCCCACGACAAGAAAAGAAUGUCAUAUACUCUUCCAUGUCUGUGAAUUGUGCCGCAGCCUGCGUGGCAACUGCCAUGGAGCUCAUCUCGCUCGUCUACGACACCUAUAGAACCUCAAUCACAGAUGCGUGGUGGUACAAUGGGUUUUAUGCAUCGACUGCUGGCUUCGUGCUGAUAAUGUCGUAUUCUUGUCGUUCCAUCCUUGAUCAGAUUAAUGCGCAUGCAGUAGAUGCGGCAUGGCAGAACUGUGAAGAAAUCCUAACCAACAUGGCGUCUUUCAGCCUGUCUGCCCGAAAUUCGUUGCAAUUUCUGCAAGUGACGCACCAAUACAUCAUGCAAAACUAUAGUGCAGUUUCUAGAACGGAGGAUGUCCCACCGUUAUCAGCCAGUCAGCUGCUGCAGAGAACGAGGCACCUUGCCGUUCCCACUCAACUUACAGAUCCUAUCUUAGAUGACGCGGGUUCCCACAACCCUGAGCAGAGCAAUGUCCCGAAUGUUAAUCCUUUCAUGAGCUGGGAUGAACUGGGCUUGGGGCAAGAGGAAUUUGGAUUCUUGGGAAGGUUCGACCUUCCCGAUCUUGCGAGCUGGUUCUCUGAAGUCCCAGAUACGCGUUGA